GCCGGGGUGGACGUCCCCUUCAUGCGGUUCCUUCUCAGCCCUCGGAGACUCCGGUGCUCGACCUCCUCGACCCAGACGCGUCAACAUGACCCUGCGCGGUCGUCUUUCCCCGGACAGAACACCACCACCACCACCACCUCCUCCACCACCUCCUCCUCCUCCUCCUCUGCUGCUAAUGAGACCCUCGUAGACUUUGAGCAGUCACAGAGGGCAUAUAAGAGCAAAGACUCAUUAGAGCUGCUCAGAAGUUUGGUGGUUUUCAAACUCUGCUCUUAUGACUUCCUGGUGGAGAAGAACACAGAGAUAAUGGACAUAGGUAAGAAGAUCCUGGGCCAGAGGGCCUUCAACCAAUUCAUGAAGAUGACAUUUUACGGCCAGUUCGUCGCCGGUGAGGACCACGUGGCCAUCAGGCCGCUGAUCCAGAAGAAUCAGGCCUUCGGGGUCGGCUCUGUCCUGGACUACAGCGUGGAGGAAGACAUCAGCCAGGAGGAGGCCGUGCAGAAAGAGAUGGACUCAUGUGUAUCGGCUGCAGAGAAAGAGAACAUAGGUAAGAUGCCUCGUUUUAAGUAAUGGGAAUGCUAAAUUUGUUUUCAACCCCAAGCACACAAACAGUUCGGGGAUCGCCGCGGGGGUGUGACCGGAGCCCGCACGUAUUUCUACGCCGAUGAGGCCAAAUGUGACCAGCAUAUGGAGACCUUUAUCAAAUGUAUCAAGGCGUCUGGUGGGAGUUCAAUGGACGGUUUUUCUGCCAUCAAAAUGACUGCUCUAGGACGGCCACAGUUUCUGCUCCAGUUCUCAGAGGUCCUGGUGAAGUGGCGGCAAUUUUUCACUUUCCUGGCAUCACAGCAGGGGAAAGAUGGCACAGAGGCCUUAGAGCAGAGGCUGGAGCUGAAACAACUGCAGGAGUUCCUGACCAGACUGGGCGCAAAGGGUGACUUUUAUAGCUGGUUCAUUGGACAGAAGGAAUCUCCAGGAACCAUUGACAUGCUCGACUGGAACAGCCUAAUAGAUGACAGAACAAAGAUAUCUGACCUGCUGGUCAUCCCAAAUGUGGAGCUAGGGGAGCUGGAGCCUCUGCUGAAGACGUUCACUUUAGAGGAGGAGAAACAAAUGAAGAGGAUGUUACAGCGCAUGGAUGUCCUGGUCAAGCAUGCCAUUGAGAAUGGUGUUCGCCUGAUGGUGGAUGCAGAGCAGACCUACCUGCAGCCGGCUAUCAGCAGACUGACAUUACAGAUGCAGAGGCUCUACAACAAAGAGAAGCCUGUCAUCUUCAACACCUACCAGUGCUAUCUGAAGGAGGCCUACGACAACGUUACCAUGGACGUAGAAUUGUCCCGACGUGAGGGUUGGCACUUUGCUGCAAAGCUGGUGCGUGGGGCCUACAUGUACCAGGAGCGGGAGAGGGCCAAAGACAUCGGUUAUGAGGACCCUAUAAACCCGGAUUAUGAGUCCACCAAUAUAAUGUACCACAGGUGUCUGGACUAUGUGCUGGAAGAGAUUGCCCUCAACAGAAAUGCCAACGUUAUGGUGGCUUCCCAUAAUGAGGACACAGUGAAACACACCUUGAAGAGAAUGAAUGAGCUGGGUCUCUCAGCCAGAGAGAACAAGGUGUACUUCGGUCAACUCCUGGGCAUGUGUGAUCAGAUCAGCUUCCCACUGGGCCAGGCUGGCUUCCCCGUCUAUAAGUACGUCCCCUAUGGGCCGGUGAACGAGGUGAUGCCCUACCUGUCUCGGAGAGCCCAGGAGAACCGGGGCUUCAUGAAGGGCGCCCUAAAGGAGAGGGAGCUGCUGUGGAAGGAGCUGAAACGCAGAAUUGCCUCUGGGGAGCUUCUCUACAGACCGGUGUACUGA